CGAUGAUUAAACUGUGAUGCAUUCAUCGUCUCUGAGGGUUGAAGCUGUGGAUGUGUGAUGAUGACUCUCAAGCUGCUGUCCGUGGAUCCAUCAGACCGGGGCUCUCAGAGAUGCAGGCUGGGUCCAGGCUUGAUGUCAGCGCUGGGUCUGAGCCUGGGCUCCCCGCUGCUGGUGUCUGUUCCUGGUGGAAGCUGCCUGUGUACUGCCUGGCCCAGACCUGACCUGGCUGAGGGCUUCCUGCAGAUGGAUUUGAGAUGCUCCUCUCCCAGUCUAAUCUCUCACCCACCUACACACCUCAACCUGGACCCCGAGCAGCUCACACCUACACCCUGCCCCAAACUGAAAGGCGUAAAGAUAACCGUGGUCGUCCAGAGUGUUGAAUUUAAGAAAAACACACCUAUGCGCCUUGUUCAUGAGCUUGUUAAAGACAUGCUGAAAGGUGUAUAUGUGCAGAAGAGGCAUGUGAUAAACCUUGAGGAUAUUGACACAGAGAUUAGAUAUGUUGUUGUUGAAAGCAUCACUCCAGAUACAAGCAGUGCUGGACUCAUCAACUCAAAAACAGGUAUGGAGAUAACUGGCAUCCAGACGGUCAGACACUACAGGAACCAGCUGCAGGACCAGCACACAGUGGUAUUGGGGGGCCUGGAGGAGGUGAGUGCCUCCCUGAGAGAGAUGCUGCAGCUGCCUCUGCUCUAUCCAGGCACACUAAGCUCUCUGGGUGUGUUGUGUCCCAGAGGCGUGCUCCUGGUGGGGCCCCCAGGUGUGGGGAAGACCCUUCUGGUCCGCAGAGUGGUGGGGGAUGUGGGAGCCAGCCUGGUGGUGGUCAAAGGGCCAGAGGUGGUUGGGACACGACCAGGGGAGAGCGAGGAGAUGUUGCGGGCUGUUUUUGAGCGGGCUCGCACUGCGGCCGAAGAGGGUCCAUGUGUGCUGUUCCUAGAUGAGUUGGACUCUCUGUGUCCGAGGAGAACCGGCUCAUCGGCACCAGAGAACCGCCUGGUAGCUCAACUUCUCACACUAAUGGACGGGAUGAACCAAUCCGAUCGCUUCCUCAUUGUCGGAGCCACUAACCGGCCAGACAGCUUAGACCCUGCACUGCGAAGACCUGGAAGAUUUGACAGAGAGGUUGUCAUCGGAGCUCCCACCUUGCAGCAGAGGAGAGCCAUCUUGUCCGUUCUGUGUGAGCGGAUGCCGGUGUGUCCUAGUGUGGACCUGGCUGAGCUCGCACAGAGAACCACAGGCUAUGUAGGAGCAGACCUCAGUGCCUUGUGCAGGGAGGCCGCCAUGCACUCUAUACGGGAAAACUCCAAGGGUUCAGGACAGCAAGCAGUGAGUGUGAAGCACUUCCAUGAGGCCCUGAAGUCGGUGCGUCCCUCCUGCCUGCGGGGCAGUCUGGGCAGGACGGACCUCUCUCCAGUGUCUUGGGAGCAGAUAGGAGGCCUGGAUGAGAUCAAACUCAAGCUAAAACAGAGUAUUGAGUGGCCGAUGAUGUACCCCGAGGCUUUUGUUCGUCUGGGUCUAUGUCGACCCCGUGGCGUACUGCUCUACGGACCUCCAGGUUGUGCUAAGACGACACUGGUCAGAGCAGCUGCCACCACAUCCCACUGUGCCUUCCUGUCUGUCAGUGGUGCUGACCUCUACUCUCCCUUUGUGGGAGACUCGGAGAAGGCUUUAGCACAGCUCUUUCGCCAAGCACGAGCCUGUUCUCCCUGUAUCCUGUUCCUUGAUGAGAUUGACUCUCUGAUUGGCUCACGGUCAAACAGUCAGACACCUAACAGUGUACAGACACGCCUUCUGUCUGUGCUCCUGAAUGAGAUGGAUGGAAUUGGCCUGAAGACGGUGGAGAGCAGAGGGACGGAGAAAAUCCUUGAGGGUGCAGAUCACAAUCACACGCAGGAUCAGCUGGACUUCCAAGAAGUGUGCAACAAAGAUGUGAUGGUUGUUGCUGCCACAAACAGACCUGACUGCUUAGACAGUGCCCUCCUGCGGCCUGGCAGACUGGACCACAUCAUCUAUGUCCCACCACCUGAUCAGCAGGCUCGUCUUGCCAUCCUGAAGUUGCGCACAGAGUCGAUGCCUGUAGAACCUGACGUGUGUCUGGAAGAACUGGCUUCCAAGACUGAUCUUUACUCUGGAGCCGACCUGGAAAAUCUGUGUAAAGAGGCUGCUCUGUUGGCGCUUCAAGAGGAAAACAUGGAAGCUUCUGCCAUCAAACAUACAUACUUCCUGCGGUCCCUCAACAAAAUGAGCCCCUCUCUCACUGCCCAGCAGAUCCACAAAUACCAAACAUCUCCAAGAUGACACACCUCAUAUAAAUCCUCUAAAUGAAUUGUAUCAUCAAAAAUUGAUUUUGAAUAAAAUUAAUAUAACUUGA